AUGGACCUCAAUGAUGUUUCCAAAAAUAUUUUCAAUAACUCUGCUGUUGACUUAACUUUAACCAACCUUGAGAAUAUAAAUGUAUUUUAUGAAUCUAUUGAAAAUCAAUCAGAAAUACAGUGGCUACUAGAACAGUUUUUGGCAAUAUUUUUAAUACGCUGUACAGCUCCAUUAAUUGUACCACUCAUAGCCUUUGCUCCAUCGGUACAGAUAUCAACGCAGUUUUCCCAUGGUAUUUCAUUUCCUUCAAGAAAUGGAUUUAGAAGAUCAAAUAUUUCAACUCCAGUAGUACGUGUUGCUUCGUGGAACCCUGAAGUGAUCUCCGCGGAACCCCGGUGUUCCGCGAAACACAGUUUAAGAAACGCUGCCCUAAAGUAUAUAAAACCUAGGCACAUAGAUAAACUUUUAUUGAAUCAACCUCUUGGGAUAUUGAUUAAAUUUGAAAAUCAUGUAGAAACAUGGCAAAGGUCAUUAGGAAUAGAUGACAGUGCUUUAGUUUUUGGAGUUCAGAAUCUACAAACAUUUGAAAAGUUAAAACCAACCAAUUCUAAUGCAAAAAGUUACGAUGUUCAUGUACAUACCAUUUUAGCCAAUUCUUCCAAAGGAAAAUUGUUAAUUGAUUAUUACAACACUAACAUGGAAUUAAAUGUCACCAUUAGAGGAAACUUAGUUGACCUCAUAAUCCACGAUAUUAUUUCAAAUAAUAUACCAAUGUCAAUUAGUCUAGCUGAAUGUGUUGCUGAAGAGAUAGCUAAUAUGUUUCCUUCAGAGAUUAAGGAUAUUUACUUCAUGCGUCAUGGGAAUAAUAAUGCACCACGAGGAAAAUUGUAUGCUAAAUUUUAUAAUUGUAUGCGUGUACUUAAAACCAGUGGAAUAAAAACAAAUCCCAUUGAAUCUAAUAAUUCUGCCUGUAAUGAAAAAUUCACGAAAAGAAAUGAUUCAUUUGUAAUAGAAACUGACAUCGGUUAUUUGUUGGACAUAAUAAAAUAUGAUAAUGAAAUUUCAUUUCCAAAUUUAUUAACUCAUUGGUCUGCCACUAUGCAGUACAGGUUGAAUAAAAUAAAAGAAGCGAAUUCAACGGUAGAAAUAUUAGAGGAAUGGAAAAAUUAUUCUAUGCCAUUAGGUUAUAAGCUUGUUGAUAUUGAUUUCAAUGGAUUGUAUCAAUCGUCAAUUAUUCCAGAUUUAUGUGAAGAAUUUACAAAAUCGUACAAUAAUAUUCUACAGAUAGUAGAACAAUAUAUAAAAGAUAAACAUGGUAAAUUGUUACUUCAAGAACUCAGAACAAAAAAUGAUAUUACACAAAAUGUUAAAGAUUGUACACUUUUUCAUCUACUAAGUUCUUUGUUUGUACUCACAUCACGUAAAGUUACAAAAGAUGACAGUGGAAAGAACAAUGUGACAAAAUACUCUAUAAAGGAUUCACAAAAAAGUUUUAUUAAUUUUCAUACUUCAAUCAGUGAAUCUGAAAACUAUUUAUUAUAUUUAAAAAAUAAAAAUUUACCGAUACAGCCUUUUAUCAUAGUAAUUGGUACACCACUAAAACCCGAUCAAAUUUUAAUCUACUUUGAUUCAAUAAAAUAUAAAGUUUUUAAUAUGGCCCGUGCAAUUGAUAAAUGUUUUAAAAUUUUUCAUUUGUUUAACUUGCAAUAUCCUUUGCAAUCAUGUGCAGUUUUGAUGUUCAUCCAAAAAUAUUUUUAUAAUAUAUCUACUAAAUUUGAUAUACCACACCAAUUAGUAACUCAAGUGUUGCACUGUUUAAAUAAAAUAAAAUAA